GAAAAGGAGAGCGAGAGAGCGAGCGAGCAAAUAAGGCACAGCAGCAGCACCAGUGGCGGCAGCAGCGUCAGUGCAUCUGUGUGUCUUCGUAUCGACUUGUCUCUGGCUGCCAAUCGUCAGUCAAUCGGUUUGGGCUUGAGAUUUCACAGCACCUGAUCUUCAGGAGCAUUUGCUAUCCGCCGACACCGACAGACAUUCGGCUUCAACACUCCGUUUUCCCCUAAGAGAGUACAAACGCCGCUCCGUCACAUUUAUAUCAGUUUCUUGCAUUUUUAAUGGAAAAUGGCGCUCUGCCCUCAGUCAUCCGGAAUGUUUUGCCUGUUCGCUAUCCAAACUAUCCUGAUCAUCUGCGUGUCCACGCCAGGAACAGCGGCUCUCAAAUUCCCCCAGCAUUACACGAUGGUCCACUGGGCUCGACGCAUCGAGAAGGAGCUGGAGAGGGUCCUGCCACUGGUCACUGGAGUGCAGCAGAUGAAAGGGAUUUACAGUGAGAAAAGAAGCCAGUAUGACACGAAGAGCAACCAACCCAAGGACCUGGUGGAGCGGGUGGCACGGAACAUCGCCCGGCUGCUCAACAGCAAGCGCAAGGCCCUGGAGAGACUGGCACAAGAGGCGGAGCGACUGCAGAAGGAGCAUCCCUGGCAAGACGGCCUCAAAGACUCUGAUAUCACCUAUUAUGACUCCAAAGCAGAGGCUGAUAGCUCAGAGGAAGAUGGAGAGAAUCUGCUGGCAAACUCCAACUCACUGAAGUUAGACUUCGUCGAUGAUCCCAACUUCAAGAACAAGGUCAACUACUCAUACACAGCGGUGCAGAUCCCCACAGACAUCUACAAGGGCUCCCCCACCAUCCUGAACGAGCUGAACUGGACCCAGGCCCUGGAGCCCGUCUUCAUCAGUAACAGCCAGGAGGACCCCUCCCUGCGCUGGCAGGUAUUCGGCAGCGCCACUGGCGUCACCAGAUACUACCCAGCCACCCCAUGGAGAGCACCAAAUAAGAUUGAUCUGUAUGAUGUGCGCAGAAGACCAUGGUACAUCCAAGGAGCCUCGUCUCCCAAGGACAUGGUCAUCAUUGUCGAUGUGAGUGGCAGUGUGAGUGGCCUGACGCUGAAGCUGAUGAAGAUGUCUGUGGUCGAGAUGCUGGACACCCUGUCUGAUGACGACUAUGUCAAUGUAGCACGGUUCAAUGAGAAAGCUGAGCCGGUGGUACCCUGCUUUAGGUCCAACCUGGUGCAGGCCAACAUGCGCAAUAAGAAGAUCUUCAAGCAGGCCAUUGCCCACAUGCAGGCCAAGGGUACCACGGUCUACAAGUCCGGCUUCCAGUUCGCCUUUGAGCUGCUCCUCAACGACACCGGCUCCCCCAGAGCCAACUGCAAUAAGAUGAUCAUGAUGUUCACAGACGGAGGUGAAGACCGAGCCCAGGAGGUCUUUGAGAAGUACAACUGGCCCAACAAAACGGUCAGAGUCUUUACCUUCUCCGUUGGCCAGCACAACUAUGAUGUCACCCCACUGCAGUGGAUUGCGUGUGCCAACAAAGGUUACUACUUUGAAAUUCCAUCCAUUGGGGCUAUCCGUAUCAACACACAGGAGUACCUUGAUGUUUUGAGUCGGCCAAUGGUCCUUGCUGGUACCCCAGCCAAACAGGUCCAGUGGACCAACGUCUACCAGGAUGCUCUGGGCCUGGGACUGGUCAUCACUGGAACUGUGCCAGUCUUCAACCUCACUGCUGAUGGAUCGCCGCAGAAUCAGCUGAUCCUUGGAGUAAUGGGCGUGGACAUUACCCUGAAUGAAAUCCAAGCACUCACACCUAGAUACAAGCUUGGGGCAAAUGGAUACACAUUUGCCAUAGACCCUAAUGGCUACGUGCUUUUGCAUCCUAACCUGCAGCCUAAGACCAUUAACUUCAGAGAGCCCGUCACUCUAGACUUCCUGGAUGCUGAGCUUGAGGACAGCAACAAAGAGGAGAUCCGUCGCCUGAUGAUUGAUGGCCGGCCUGGGAAGAAGAAGAUAAAGACGCUGAUUAAGUCGAUAGAUGAGCGGUACAUUGAUGAAGCCAUGAGAACUUACAUCUGGACCCCUGUGGAUGGAACAGAUUACAGUCUGGGGUUGGUUCUGCCCACCUACAGCGAGAGCCACAUCCGGGCCAACCUGAGUGACCAGAUCCUUCAGGUCCAGUUGCCAGUGUCAGACAGCAAGGAUUUUGAGUCUUUGCUGCCCAACAGUUUUGAGUCGGAGGGCCAUGUGUUCAUUGCUCCCAGGGAAUACUGCAAAGACUUGGAGCUUUCUAGCAACAACACAGAAUUCCUUCUCAACUUUAUUGCCCUGAUGGAGAAAGUCACUCCAGACUCCAAACAAUGUGAUAAUUUCCUUCUCCACAACCUAAUACUGGACACAGGAAUCAUUCGCCAGCUUGUGGAGAAAGUGUGGAAAAAUAAAGAUCUAAAGACAUAUGGCUUCCUAGCAGUCUUUGCAGCCACAGAUGGAGGGAUCACACGAGUCUUUCCCAAUAAAGCUGCUGAAACCUGGGAGGAGGACCCAGAGCCUUUCAACGCCAGCUACUACCGCCGCAGCCUGGACAACAAGGGCUACAUCUUCCGAGCUCCUUACCGCACAGCCAACGACGAGUUCUUGGACCCAGAGAACGACACCAUCGGCAUCCUGGUCAGCACAGCGCUGGAGCUCUCUGUGGACUCCAGGACCAUCAAGCCCGCAGUGUUGGGCGUUAAGAUGGACCUCGAAGCCUGGACUGACAAGUUUAAGAUGCUCGCUACCAACCACACAGGAAACGGCCGGAGCUUCCCUUCGUGUGGAUCGAAUGGCUGUGAAAUGGACUGUGAGGCCAACAGUGAAGACCUCCUAUGCUACCUGAUUGAUGAUGGUGGAUUUCUGGUCAUGUCUAAUCAGAGAGACCACUGGAAUAAGAUUGGUAUGUUUUUCAGUGACGUUGACGCCUACCUGAUGCACGCCUUGUACAACAACUCCUUCUACAACCGCAAGCAGUCCUAUGACUACCAGUCUGUGUGCGCCCCGGUGCAAAACAGCAACACAGGGGCCGCCCCUCGAGGGGUGUUUGUGCCAACCAUCGCUGAUUUCCUCAACUUGGCCUGGUGGACAUCUGCAGCAGCGUGGUCUGUGCUGCAGCAGAUGCUGUAUGGUGUGGCCUACCGCAGCUGGUUUGUGACAGAUUUGGUGGAUGCGGAUGGCAUGGAGUUCAGAGAAACCAGCUGUGUCAAGAUCCAGACUCAGUUCUACUUCACCAAUGUCACCAGCUCUUACAACACCCUACAGGACUGCGGCAACUGCUCCCGGCUGUUUCAUGCUAAACGGAUAGAGAACACCAACCUGCUGUUUGUGGUGGCCGAAGUCAUGCCUUGCAGCUCAUGCGAGAUUGAAAAGCUCUCUCAAGUGGAAGUCGACUUCAAAGAAGAGGAUCCAUGUAAUGUCCUUGCUACAGCACGGUAUCGAAAAGGCCCCAACAGCUGUUACGACUACAACAUGGCGGAGAACUCGUCAGACUGUGGCCGAGGUCACUCGUUCAGCCCCUCCAUAAGCACUCUUCUCUCGCUCCAGUUUUUCCUCCUUUCUAUAUGGGCCACUCCCCAGGCCCUGCCUCUAUCUCUUUAACUCUUCCUCCCUCUCUUCCUCCUCCUGUCCUCCUUCUCCUUCGUCCCUUCUCUCCUGCAUCACCUAUACUCUUUUUUUGUCUCUCUCUUUACUCUCCUUUCCUCUUCUGCGCUCUAGUCAUAGAUUAUAAAGGGACUUCCUGUUGACCUAAUUGGAAGCCCAUCUCUGUGCUGCUGCUACGCCCACUUAGCUUCACAGGUUGUUGCCUAGUGACAGUCGCUGAGCUACGUGGUCUCCAGCCAAUCGCCCUUCAGCUAUGGAGGGAGUUGCCGUCUUAUAGUGUUUCUCUAUGUAAAAUGUUGAUAUAGCAGUGGAAAGAAGUGGAAGAUGUUAGCCAGCGGCAGGGGGACAAAAUUGACACAGGAACACUUUCAGUCGCUGACCAGCUAAGAGAACGACAAUGGAAAACGGAUGUCUGCCGCCAAUGGAACACUGUGUUUUAGAUCAUAUGACUCUUGACCACAGAGGUCAAAGUUCAUCCCGCGAAUUCAUUGCAGAGCCACAGAGGGCCAUCUGUGUUCUGCUGCUUUUGCCUAUCUUAAAUGAAACGGGCUAUGGAACACUCAGCCAUCCACAUGCAUUGAAAAAAAGGAAGCUUAAAAAAUGUGAUGUUUUGUGUUUAAAACAGAAGGAAAAGCGAAAAACAUAUUGGUGUGAGUAUUCUAAGCGCAUCUCCAUACUUAAUGGGAUAAAAGAAGAGUGUAGGUGUAAACAAAAAAACAUCUUGUUUGUUCAUGCACUGUAUCUACUUCUUGCCAAAAUGAGAUAGACUUUUGUGGUGUGGUCUUAUUUUUCUAGCCAAAUUAGAUGGAGAUAAAAAAAAAAAAUGAUAGAAGGACUCAUAUUGGAGGGAAAACAGAAAAUACAAGAAAAAUAAAUUGAAGGCAUUUCUGAAGCAUCUGAGGAAUACAGCCUCAUUCUUCUCUGUCUGGGAUCUUGGAUCGCGAUGGCAACUUAGCCAGCACUGAACCCCCCCUGGACUUAUGGAGGAGUGAGAACCAGCAGGGACCUUGCACGACGUGGAGACACCUCUCCACUCGCCAUCCCUCUACUCCCCCUCCUCCCCUCCAGGGACGAGUUCACUUGGAUACUGAGAGUUGAAUAGACAGCUGGGAAAGGGAAAAAAAAAUACAAUAAAAAAAAAAAUAGCUAAAGCAGACAUUUUUAUUUUGCAAUGCAAAAUUCCUCUGGCUUGAUACAAUCAGCGAUGUGUAGGAUCAUCAUUCGUGGGCCUCGGGAGAAGCGCUGACAGCUCCUCUGGUGAACAGGAGGCACAGCUGAUAACAUUUCCCUCACGCUCCUCCUGCGCUGCCGCCGCCGCAGCCCACGACGACAGUAAACAAACACGGCACUUGCGCUUUUCUCAUUUCCCACCGCUGCUGAGAUUGUGUGUGUGUGUGUGUGUGUGUGUGUGUGCACGUGCGUGUAAGCAGAUGUCCUUUCCAACGUACCUGCCAUUCUCAUCACCGCGCAGCAAGCCUCCAGCUGUGAGAACACUGCAUCAGGCAGAUGAUAAUGAUGAUAAUGAAUCACACAACAGUCUGAGGGGGAAAUGUGAGAGUGUGUGUGUGUGUGUAUGGGGGGGGGGGGGGGGGUGUUAAUAGUGCUGUGAGCUUAUGUUGGGACCUUGACAGAGGGGGAGAGGGGAGAACAUGGCAAACUGACGUCUCACUUUCUCCACUCCCCACUAAAAGGUUCCCUUCACUCAUGGGGCUGUGAGGCCAGAGGAAAAUUGUGUUAUCUGAAAAUGACUUUUAUUAAACAUAAUGUUACAUUUUGUUUUGUUCUGUUUUGUUCCAGUGCUAUUCGUACACUUUGUAUUCACAAGAGCUAUUCUGACAGAGUUCAAACAGUAAAACAAAAAGUCCUUUAGUAGCAGAGUUCAAACAGUAAAACAAAAAGUCCUUUAGUAGGGGCAUGUGUUAAGGCAUUUUUUCAGAUGUGCUCUUUUCCAUCAGUGUUUUGUUUUUAUAUUUUUUGUUAUUAUUAUUAUUUUUGGACAUCUUUUAAAAAAAAACAAUAAUCACUCCUUUUUGUAGUGCCUUUAUGCACUUGUGUUGAACAGCUUGGACUUUUCUGGAAUGCGGUACAGCACCUCCAUAGGCCGCAGUGAGAGCCUGUGGGGCGUUAAUAUCCCUUCUGAAGUCACGUCAAAGGCCUUACAGAUUCCAUAGCAGAGCAGUCUGAGAAGGAGAGAAGAGGGACUCAACCUCUCCCUCCUGUUUGGGUUAACAGACUGUAACUUUCCCUGUUAUCCUUGAAGGGCCUUUCCCAUAGCGCCAUUGGUCACAGGAUGCCGUAGCCACAGUCUCUUUAGUAUGGGGACUUCAGCUGAAGCGACAGGCCAACAAUAUGUCUACUAGCCCUUGCCUAAAGUGAUGAUGCCAUCAUCAAAAACAACUUAAUGGCGGUUGUGCUAUCCUCAUCAAGCUCUUAAUAGAGCUUUGAGGUCUUCUCUCAUCAUGCAGUAGCUAUCUAGCAGCAGCAUAUUCGCAGGCCUUCUGAAGAAAAGGCCCAUCAUCUCUUUUGUUUUGUUUUUUCCAGGAGUUCAACUUAAUCAGCCUUGGAGCAUCAGUGUUCUCUUAGAGCUACCUAAUUGCUGUAGACAUUUUCUGCUAGGGAUGUGUGACGUGUAUUUGUAUUUUUUGUGCUUUCGUGUGUCUGCGGCUGAGUGUGUGCGUGCGCGUGUUGGUGAGGAAGCGUCUGACGGACGUGUGAACAUGUGGAUAGGUGCUUGUCUUUGUUGUGUCAAUUCAAUGUGAUUAAAACAGUAGGGAAAGAGGGUGGUGUUUGCUGUCCUAUAUCCAUGCAGAUUAAUUUGUCUCCUAUGACGUGUGUGUGUGUGUGUGUGUUUAUGUCUGGGUGGGUUGGAUUUGGAAAGGGGCAGGGGUCUUGUUUAAAAAAAAAAAUAAUAAUAAUAAUAAUAAUAAUAAUAAUAAUAAAGAACACCCAGUCAUAUCAUUUGGGAGAAAUUAUUCUAUCAUCACAGCUGUGAAAAAAAGAAUGUUUUCAAUAUUGAUGUCUCAGUUUCUAAGUCCACCUCAGUAGGAAGCCUCCCUGUGUUUUCUAAAACUCGUCCUCUCCUGCAAUCUCUUCCUUUCUCUCCUUCCCACCCAACUGUAUUUCCUCAUUCCCCUUAUCUCUUUCGUGAUGUAUUGGAUUACCCCUCACAAGGUUACCAUGGACUAUUGUUGUUGAUGACCUCUGGUCAUGUCCUGUUAAAAGAACCUAUCCACAUUAGCAACAAGUCUAUUCUUACCUCUCAUGCCUGGCAUAUAUUGAUGGGAGGCUAUGAGGAUUCACCUCCCAUGUGCCAGGGGCUGUGACUGUUCCUUAGGCUUUCAUAUCUACUUUUCAUAAUCAAUGGGGAGAGUCCUGACAACAGUAGACAAUGUCUGCUGUCUCAGUGGCACCCAACAACCUGCUCCCCUGGCUAAGAAGCACCAUACAUAUGUAUUAGGCUGUUUGGUGUUCAAGUCACUGGUGAAAAGCUAAAUUAAAUGUCAACUAGAUGUUCAUGAGUGCAAUAAUCUCUGAUGUCCCCAUACCCACUUCACUUUCUGUUUUUGACUCUUUGAACAUCCUCCCUUUAGUAAGACCUCUACUAGUAAGACUGAAGACUCUAUGGUGGCCUUACAACUGGAGUGGUGUACAUAGUCAUUACCUUAUUCUCCGACUGACAUGGAUUCUAAUGCUUUGACUUGUUCACUUUAAGGUGUGGAACACAUUUAGGUGGAGGAAGAGGAGAGCCUGGAAUUGUGUGUGUGUGUAUGUGUGCACGUAUUUUUGUGUGCGUGUCCUUCUAAGGGGGAAAAAAUAAAACAAAAGGGAGAGAUUUCUUUUGGGCUCCAUGGUCCAACAUUUUUUGUGUUUUUGUUUUUUACAUUUU